UCUCACUCUCGAAAACGCUGCAUCCGCAGUACCAAUCAUACGCGUGCCAACGCUCCCAUGGUGACCUUCACUGCGCGCCGGAGCGAGCCCGCGCUGCUCCUGCCGGCGCGGCCGACGCCGCGCGAGACGAAGGCGCUCUCUGACCUCGACGACCAGCGCACGCUGCGGUACUACGAGACGGUGGUCGGCUUCUUCCGCCGCCGCGGCGGCGACGUCAGGGCGCCGGCCGACCCGGCCAAGGCCAUCCGAGCGGUGCUCGCGGAGGCGCUGGUGUACUACUACCCUGUCGCCGGCCGGCUGAGGGAAGAGCGCGACGAGGCGGCCGCCGGUGGCGGCACGGGGAGGCUGGUGGUGGACUGCACCGCAGAAGGGGUGGUGUUCGUCGAGGCCGACGCCGACGUGCGGCUGGAGGAGUUCGGCCAGCCGCUGCUGCCGCCGUACCCGUGCGUCGGGGAGCUCCUCUGCGACGCCGGCGACACCAGAGCUGUUGUUGGCAAGCCAUUGCUCCUCAUGCAGGUGACGCGACUUAAAUGCGGAGGAUUCGUGCUGGGCUUCCACAUCUGUCACAACAUCGCUGACGGCUUCGGCAUGGCGCAGCUGAUCAUGGCCAUCGCCGACCUCGCACGUGGAGCGCCUGCCCCAACCAUUCUGCCCGUAUGGAGGCGGGACCUACUCACGGCGCGCUGCCUAGAUGUCCCGGUGACGCGCACGCCGUCGUCCUCGUCGUCGGUGGUGACGAGCCCGGCGCACGAGCCGGCGCUGCACGGUGGCGGCGCCGCUGCCCGUCCUCGGCCGGCGGCGGACGCGAUGCGGUCUACCCCGCCGGACCGAAUGGUGGUCGAGUACUUUCUGUUCGGCCCACGGGAGGUGUCCACCCUGCGUGGCCAGCUCCCGGCGCACCUGGCCGAGUCGACGACGGCGUUCGAGCUGCUCACCGCCGUCAUGUGGCAGUGCCGCACGGCGGCGCUCGGGUACGGCCCCGACCAGCUGGUCCGGCUCAUGAUCACCAUGAACGCGCGCGGGAGGUGGAACGCCCACACGCCGCUCCCGCUCGGCUACUACGGCAACGCGCACGUCUCCCCCGUCGCCGAGGCCGCCGCCGGCGACCUCCUCGCGCGGCCGCUCGCCGACACGGUGGAGCUCGUGCGGAGGACCAAGCGAGGGAUGACGAGGGAGGGGAUGAGCGCCAUGGUGGAGACGGUGGCGCGGCUGCGGGAGUGGCCGCCGUCGACCAUGGACAGGGUGUACGAGGUCUCCGACAUCAAGUGGACCGCGGUGAACGUGCUCAGGUUCGGGUGGGCUGAGCUGGCCGGCGGCGGCAUACCUCUCGCCGGUGAUCUCACGUCGAAGCUUGGUAGCGACCACAUGAGGUGCAAGAACGCGGCCGGCGAGGUGUCCACCGUGGUGUCGAUGCUGCUGCCGAGGGUGGCCAUGGCGAGGUUCAAGAAAGAGAUGGCCGUUUGGUUGAACAAAGACGAUGACAAAAGCUUAACUAUUAUGAGUUCACUGUAGUUGCCAAGCAUUUCAAGCAAGGUUCUUAAAUACUAAUGGUCCAUAUGGCAUCAAAGAGCAUUAAUUUUUAUCAACAUCACCUCAUUAUUUCUGAUAGAUUGGUUGUGCAUUUUUAAUUUAGUGGUAAAUUUAGUAGGAAAAAUCUGUUUAGACAGUACAAUAUAUAUUCAAUUAUGUUCCGUUACGGUGUGUCAACCUGUUCAUCUGCAUAUGCUAUUUUUUUUGGUUUCAAACGAUUUAUUAAUUGUAAAAUAUACAGUAACUUCUACGUAU